AUGACUCGAGUCGCACAUUCCCCUCAGAUCGGAAGCGAUAAUCGUACGCAAUUUGAGCUGUGGAUCGCAAACAGGUACCCGAGGCGGCUGCUUCUCCGCGGCCCCGAACGUCACAUCGAAUCAGGAAAUUUGCGCGCCUCUGCGCCGACGGCCUUGUUCAUGUGGCGCAACGCGUGGCACAACGCGUAA